GAUGAAACGGAAAUCAGCAGACCGGAUUACCCACGGCUCAACUCCCAAUCCCUAAUCAAAUCGGCUAAUCCGCAGUAUAUGCUACUCUAACAGUAGCUUCUUAUUCCAAACCCGAAUUCCACCCCCCUCACGAGAAAUCAACCGAUCCGUUUCGCUUCGUGUAACCAAAGACUGCAUCCAGGUACAUAGCGUGGCUGCUUGUCGUCGUUGGUGCUUUGCUUCCUGGAGGAGGAAAGAAACGAGAGCUGCCGCACGCCGGCGAGGCGUCGACCCCCGUCCGUCCGUCCGUCUCCUUGGAUCUUUUUCAGCAUCGUGUUCUUGUUUUUGAUCUUGUUUGCCUCGAUCCUCUCGUUGCUUGGUCGGCGCCGCCAUGAGUAAUACGCUGCUUCGAGUCUACCCUUCAGACCUGAAGAUACCAUUCGGGCUCAAGAGGCAGAAUUCGGGUAUCAUGGAGCUCACGAACAAGACCGAUCAGCAUGUGGCCUUCAAGGUGAAAACAACAAACCCUAGGAAGUACUCGGUGAGGCCGACAUCUGGAGUCGUGCUGCCGAGGGGGUCAAGCGGGAUCACAGUAAGUAUGCAAGCGCCGAGAGAGAUCCCUGCGGAUUACCACUGCAAGGACAAGUUUCUCAUCCAAAGCGUCGUAGUAGAGGAGGGCACAGCGUCGAAGGACAUUCACUCUGGCAUGUUCAGUAAAGAGCCUGGAAAGGUAGUCGAGGAGUUCAAGCUGAGGGUGGUCUACAUCCCUGCCAAUCCUCCCUCCCCUGUGCCAGAGGAAGAAGAGGAAGAUAUUGAUUCCCUUGAUUCAGAUGUGGACUAUGAACUGAAAAUGCCAUCUACAUCCUAUUCUGCAUCAAGGCUGGGAUAUACAUCGGGUUCACAGGCUUCACAUAACAACGAGGCCGUCUCUUUGACCGAAGCUGUAUUGAGAAAAUAUCUAGAUGAAAACCAGAAGCUUCAACAAGCAUUGGAUCUUAAGAAGAGAAGGCCAUCAUCCGUUCGGGGUUUCUCUACUCUUUCUGUCCUUCUGGUCUUUGCAUUCUCUGUCUUUGCUGGAUACUUCAUGACUCAAAGCAAUGUGUAGCCAGAAUUAGCUGCAACAUACGGUGCGUUGUGCAGAAUUUUGUCCCUCUGCCGAUCUGCUCUUUCGUUUCUCUUUGUACAAGUACUCCUAUAUUACUACUCGUUUAUAGGAGGUUGUCUUCCGUUCUUGAAAGGAAUAAUCUUGCCUCUCAAGGAUGGGAGAAAACCAUUCAUUGUAGAUAGAGAUAGAGAGAGAAAAGCUGUUCUAUCUCUGGAGCGUUCAUAUAUAUAAUCAAAUCUAAUACAGUUCACAUCGUAAACUCGUUUGCUUGUAAGUUGUAACUGCUGUUGAGUGUAAAUUGUGCCUGCGGUACGGCC